AUGGAUUACAUGUUGCUUGAGGUAGUUCCUAGGACUAAGGGCACAGCCACAGAGGUCAUGGACACGUCUUCAUCUUCAUCAUCUGCCUUAGCAGCUGGUGGAGGAUCGAUAGGAAUACCGACUAUUCCAGGAGAAGAAUUGAUUGAACUGUUCCCUUUGCAAGAUGGUGUUAGUUUUCCAUCGAUUUUUUAUUCUGAGGACACCGGAGAUUUUGGAACAGAUGCAAUGACGUUGGUUGGACAUACAGAAACAAACAAUGAUACAACUGGCGCAAGUUCUCACACAAGCCACAAUCAUUCUUCUCUAGGUCCAAUGUCAUUUGAUUAUUCCACAGACGAAGCUGGAAAUGUUUACAAUGAGAAUGGAGAAGUGAGGAAAAAGUCACCAUGUCGAACAACUUCAGUUUCCUUGAAAUCACUUAGAACCUCACCUCCUGCUUCACUACCUCCAGAUGUUUCCACUUUUGCAGACGAGCACGCUUUAGAUUUUGUUCAUGCCCCAAACUCUCGGAUUCACCAGUAUCGCAAUUAUCAGUAUGAAAUAAUCCAGGGUAUCGCAGAUGAGCCCAUUACAUGUACAAUGUACGACACAUCCCUGGAUCCUUUAGAUAACUCCAAACCUUUACCUGAAUCAGCCUAUGGGUCCAGCUUCUCAUAUCCACAUCUGCCUCAAACCAUCUCACCAGUUAUAUUUAAAAAGCAAAGUUCAAGUGUUUCAUCGUCUGUAGGCAAUACGUCAGUUAAUGGGUCAACACAAAGAAAGGUUGACGAAUAUUCGGGUGAUAUUGCCUACUUGGGUCAGUCAUGCGAACCUACUCUUUCUCUUGUUGAACAGCUCAAAAAGAAUCCGGUUUUUGCGUCUAAACUUCUUGAAACAAAAAAGGGAUCCUAUAAAUGCUCCCACUGUGCGCAGUAUUUUUCGAAUCUAAUGCUAUUUGCCGCUCACAUUGACAAAUUUCAGCUGGAGCGACGGUAUCGGUGUACUUACGACACUUGCGUAUGGUCCGUCAUUGGCUUACCAAGACUGGCGGAGUUCAAACGUCAUUACUACUCUCAGCAUUCAGGAACAAAAAUUGAAGUUGCUCGCAGUAAGGAAAAGAAGUUUCAGUGCCAGCAAAGUAACUGCAACAAGUACUUUGCCCGGAAGGAUUCACUCCUCAGGCAUCAAAAACUGGUUCAUGAUAAUAUUAACAGUCGCUUCAACAAAAGAAUAAGAGCAGGCCGACCGGGACGACCAGGACGUGAUUGA